AUGCAGCAGGAGAACGAGACUGCCGACUGGCAGGUCAACUGGUGGGCGAGCACCAUCAGCAAAUCUCCAUCUACCUCUGCUCCCCACAGCUACCCCUGCUCCCCACAGCUACAUAUGCUCCCCACAGCUACCUAUGCUCCCCACAGCUACCCCUGCUCCCCACAGCUACAUAUGCUCCCCACAGCUACCUAUGCUCCCCACAGCUACCCCUGCUCCCCACAGCUACCCCUGCUCCCCACAGCUACCUCUGCUCCCCACAGCUACCCCUGCUCCCCACAGCUACCUCUGCUCCCCACAGCUACCUAUGCUCCCCACAGCUACCCCUGCUCCCCACAGCUACCCAUGCUCCCCACAGCUACCCCUGCUCCCCACAGCUACCUCUGCUCCCCACAGCUACCUCUGCUCCCCACAGCUACCCCUGCUCCCCACAGCUACCCCUGCUCCCCACAGCUACCCCUGCUCCCCACAGCUACCUCUGCUCCCCACAGCUACCUCUGCUCCCCACAGCUACCUCUGGUCCCCACAGCUACCUCUGCGCCCCACAGCUACCUCUGCUUCCCAACUGCAACAAUAUCCACUUGA